CUACUACUAUCAUCGCCGUCCUUGUGUUUCAUUUUUAAUGACCAUUCUCUCAUCUGCUGCUGGCUGCGGCUAUAUACCCCCCUCUCUCUGUCUCUCUAUCUCCUCCUGUUCUUAGACGUUUCUCCAGAGCCUGAAGCCAAAUCUAGGGGGCUUGCUUCAUCUGCUGUCCGAGCGUGGUUUGGUUUCUCGGGGCUGGCGCGGUCAAGAGCUCACCUGAGUUCCACCGAAAUCUGCCACGGUAGUUCUUGCCUAGGUGUGUCGUUGCGUUGUGACCCUUGCGGAUUUUCUUGUUUCUUUUGAGUUGCGAUCUUUGCAGGUUAGUCUCCCCCCCAAUCCGUAGUCAUCCGGCGUCUAGGAAAUUGCAGUCCAGUUUGCUUAUUUGUUCGUCUAGUGCCUUCUCCCCAUCCUGGUUAGAAAGAAUAUCGGAAGGGGGGAUUUUUUUUUUUUUGCCUGUUCGUAGAGGAAGCAGUGAAGACAUAAUUGUUGCAUCUGAUAAAGCUCGGGCGAAAUACAAGCAAAUCCUUGGAAUUUUGCAUCCCUUUGCUGGCUCUUUUCUGAUUCAGAGAACCCAAUGGGGGAUGUGUCCUUGAAUGGACCCGUUAAGGCCGAGCCAACUGCCGGUGGCAUUGCCAAGGGAAACCGAGUUCUGGACACGAUGUCCGCCGGGUGGACGGACGAGAGACACAUGCUGUAUAUAAGCUCCAUGGAGGCUUCUUUCGUCGACCAGCUAUACAACCAUGGAAACCAUCCGCAGGACGCAAAUGGUGCUGGCUUCAAGGUUCUCCGCAGGGGGGUGUGGGAGUACAUCGAGUAUGAGAAGACCAGUGCCCCUGUGCGAAGUGGGGCUAAAUGCUGCGUCCCUGCAAAUCCUUGGAUCCGGCAUUUCAGGCCACGUGACUGCGGUAGUAACGCACAGAGUGACGCGGUCGAGGCCUCAGUGGGCGACCAUGAGUCGGGUACUCAGGCAAGCCGCAAGAGCCCUUCAGUGUCUCAUGGAAGGGAACGGGGAGCUUGUAAGGGAGAACCCCAGAUUCUACAUGAAAGUACAGAGGUCUCUGAUCAAAAUUUUGCUGACGAUGAGGCUGAAGCUGAAACAGAAUCAAUGAAAGCAUGCAAGAAAAGGAGACUAAGCAGGGCUUUGCACUCCGGUGCUGAAUGAUCAAGUAAAUUCGCAGGAACAAUUAGCUUAGCCUGUUGCAAGAAUCGAUAUGAUUUAUCCUAAAAGAAGGUGUUAAGAUGAUGGGACAUGGCUUUCAAAACUUUCAGCUGUUGCCUGCUGGUAGCCAAGACACACUGAAUCCGAAGGAAGGCGUUGAAGGGUAGCUGUUAGUGAUUUUGUGAUAUAAAGAGUACUGGGGCAGUUAGCAUCGGCAUUUUUAGCGGAUUUAAGUUCUUGUUAUGUAUAUCUGUCUUCUGUCUUCAUCAGUAGUGCUGCUUAGUACCUCACUCUCUCGUCAGCAGGAUAUUUCUAUAUAUUGUCUGUACUUGGUAGAUAUAUGUAUUGGUUGAUCCUAUGAGUGUAAUGUUUUUUUUUGCUGCAGCUUUUGGGGGCAGUUGGUAUU